AACAACACGGGAUUCACGCCAGAGUUGACGGUUGACGGCUUUCAAGAAAGGCGGAAGACGGCGCAAAGUCCCAAAACGCUCUCACAGGCGUCGCCAGCGUCGCGCGUCACCGCAUCGCUUUCCGCUUCCGUCCACACGUCGCUCUGUCGGUGGCGUCGCCGGACUCUGCGUCGGGUCAUCGUUGUCGUUGUGGGAAGUCGUCUCAAGAAGAUUCGUAGUGCCUUUUGCCACCGUGUCAUGUCCACUGUAGUCGUGUCUGGAAUGCACAGCAGUCCGAUUGCUGUUGUGAAUGAAUUUAAUGCGUGUGACUCCUCAACCGAAGUCGUGUGGUCGGUGUGGUCCUCUCUGGCCAAUAUCACGUCCGCGUGUGUGAUUAAUGGGCUUGAAGUCCGAAAGUGUUUACUGUGACCAAGGUAGUUGUGACGCAAGGUGAUGUGACCCGCUGGUUGCUGGAGUGAUAUCUGUCUUGGGCAUCUUUGUGUCGAUACAGCGCGCGCCUGGUGACAGUGGCACAGGGGCAAUCGCGUGUCAACGUCACGGGACAAGACAGUGUCCGCUACCUCGAAGGAAAAGUUGUCAGCGGUGCCAGCCAUCCCCGAACAACAAUCGUCAGCGCCCAUCAUGAUGAUCGAGAAAAGAGGUCUGUCGGGGGACGUGCACAUCUGCGGAGGAUGCCGGGCCGCUUUUUCCGACGUGGACAGCUUCGUUGCGCACAAGAGGCAGCAAGGCACCACCUGUGGGGAGAGCAGGCAGCACGACAGCCUCGGCCCCUUCCAAGCAGGGCCCGCUGUGGAACAGGUGUUUCCCAGCAUUGUGGUGCUGUCCGAGCUUUCGGCACAAAAGCCAGCAGCAGAGUCCUGGGUGCAACCGGAUGGUGCACCUCCCAUCAACCCUGACCCCGCGUCGUCUGCAGCCACGGCAACGGCCGCCACCCAUCAGCGCAGUAAGUCAAGGGACCAGCAGCCGCUGCUGCGGUGCCCCGAGCCGGGCUGCCCGUUUGGGAGCCGCUAUGCCAAGGACCUGGUGCGACACGGCCGCACCCACAGCGGGGAGCGCCCCUUUCGGUGCCACCAGUGCGCCCGCUCUUUCGGCCGCUCGGACAAGCUCAGGGCACACCUGCGCAGGCACUCGGGGGAGCGGCCCUUCCGCUGCGACCAGUGUGACUAUGCAGCCACGGACAAUGGGAUGCUAAAGAUCCACCAACGGAUCCACAGUGGAGAGAAACCCUUCAAGUGCCAGCUGUGCUCUUUCGCCGGCCGCAACUCGAGCCAGCUGUCGGUGCACCUGCGCAGCCACACGGGGGAUGCCCCCUUUGCGUGCCCCCUGUGCCCGGCACGCUUCAAGAUCAGCUGCGACCUCAAGCGCCACCGGCGGCUACACACGGGGGAGAAGCCCUUCGCCUGCUCGCAGUGCUCCUACCGCUCGGCCGUGCGCAGCAACCUGGCGUCCCAUGCGCGGCUGAUGCACUCGGAGGCGGGGGUCCAGUGUGCCGAGUGCCCCUUCAGGGGCUCCUCGAGGAGGGAGCUGCGGCUACACGUGGGGCAGCAGCACCGGAGGGGAGGCGGAGCCACACUGCUGCGCUGCCCGCACUGCCCCUACGCCUGCGACAAGCGGCAGGCCCUACAGAGUCACCUGCGCUGCCACAGCGAGGAGCGGCCCUUCCGCUGCCCCGCCUGCCCCUAUGCUUCCAAGCACCCAGGCAACCUGCGCAGCCACGUGCGCAGCAAGCACCCUGCAGACGGAGGGGCCAAGCGGGAGGCUCGCCAGGCUGCCCGCUGCCAGGCUUCCCUGCGCUGCACCCUCUGCCCUGAGACCUUCGUGCGGGAGGACUCGCUGCGGUCGCACUGGCGUCUUCACCGGGACGGCGUCCUGCCAACCACUACGGCGAGCGAGCAAGCGCCGCCGGAGCAUCCUGCAAACACCGGAGCGAGCCCCGUCGUCGCCGCCACCGAGGAGGCCCCGCCGCAGCCUCCGCGUGCGGAGGAGGUUCCCGCUGCGCAGGAGGCGGUGACGGCUGAGGGCGCCACCCUGGAGUGCCUGCUCUCGGAGCCCGCCCGGAUGACGCUGGAGUUGCUGUCGGACAAGCAGCUGCUCCUGCUCACGGGGGUUGGGCAGGACGCUGGAGGCCCCCUGCUGCUCACGCCCCUGCAGCCGGCGGACCUCGCGCUGCUCACCUCCCCGGAGAUGGAGGGCUGAGGCACUCUCCGGACCACAGUGCCUGGAACGAGCCUCGGGCCGGCGCGUUUGGAGUCCCCGUAUUACCCACGUAACACAAAGAAGCAAUUGCGUCGUGCGUGUGUUUGAGCGGGGGGAAGUCAGACGGCCGGCACUAUGGGUACCUGACAGACUCAUACAGUACUCAUUACAAGUAAUCAAGCUACUUUCGAUGAAUUACUUUUUGGAGCUGUUUUGUAAUCGUUUGACUACGUUAAUAAGGAAGUGAUUGCAGGAGUAAUCCGAUUACCUUUGGAAUUACUAAAAUAUCUCGUAGUCGUUACUAUUUUUCCCUCCCCUUUCUAAUGGCACCCUUUGUUUGUACAAAUUUUCUACCUAGAAAUCCUCUGACCAAGUCUCUGACUGGAAGAUGGUAUACCAUCAUUAGCGGAUUAACAAGAUGAGUAGGUUAUAAUUGGGUAAUUGUAAUCCAAUAGCAGACAAUGUGAAAGAGCCUUUUCCAAACCGGCGGAAAAAUUGUUGUUUUGAAAAUCUGAAGUAAUCAGAAAAGUGACGGUUACUUUCUAGACUUUUCUUCUCGAGUAAUCUAAUUAAGCACUCAAUAACUGAGUGCAGUUGUUGUUGUAAUCGAUUACUUUUGUCAAGCACUGUGUGCAAAACUGACAUCUAAUGACUCCGCCGUAGAUGAGAAAUUUCCUCUACGGUGGACAAAAACCGCCAGCCUGGAACCCUAAGGUGCACCACACAGCAGCAACGGAUGACCGCACGCCGGUACGACGCGCGUCCAGAUCGGAGUGGGCAAAGGGGAGGGUGCCGAACCCAUGCCGGGCUCUGGAGCACAAGUUCUCGCUCCACGUGCUUCGAGCCGCGGGGCGCUGGCGCACUCGGCCACCGAUCCCCCUUCCCCCGCCACGGAAGCUGCGCCGAAGCGACAUGAAGUUGCGUCCCUAGUGGUUAGUCGUGGAAGUUCCGGCAUACAACAAGGGCGAGUGUCACCGUCGUCAUGACAUCUCGACUCGUGUCUGCCGAAGCUCUCGUGCAGCUUCGAGUUGAAGAGCAGUUCAUGCCAGAGCGGGUGCCUGCUGCAUCCACUUCUGCUGUUGUGCCACCACCGGGAUCACAGCGGGCGAGAGAGCGGCACGAGUGCAACAUCCUUGGGCGGAGAUUGGGGGACUAAAGAUGGGGACGUGGUGAACGCCCUGGUCGGGGAAACAUUCCGGGCACUGUACCCCGACAAGCUGCUGCCUUGGAUGAAACGUUUCUCUGGACCGAGUGCCUUGAAGACUCCUUGCGUCGAACUCUCAAAGUCCUUCCACAUUACUCCCAAAGGCCUGUUUGUGCAAGGUCAGAAACAAAGAAAGUUUUGUACUAGGUGGCACGUACGUAUGCAAACUCCUUAAAAAAGGGUCGUAAAAAAAAAUUAAAAUUUCUCGUUAAAAUUUUUUUUUUUUUUGCCUCUUUAGCCAUUAGGCACGCGAUUUUCGAGGGAUUUUGGCAAGCUGUCUUGUCAAUAUUUUGCUAUUCACCUUUCAUGAGCAUGUUGUCCAAGCACCCCUACUCUAUGAGAUUAUAGGCAAGCACGUAGAGUGCACAAAACAAUUUAUUUUGUGUUUGAAUAAAAAGAUUUAAGGGACAGAGUCA